AGGAGCAUGCAAAGUAUAGCUCGCACGUCCAACAUGGCCGGAGCACACAAGCUUGGCGAGCUCUUGCACCGCCUGCACCGGUGCUCGGUGGCCGUGCUCGACAGCGCAACGUCCCUCGUGUGCUCGCUCUCCAAGGCCUACGCGCAGCACCAGGUCACGGAUCGCGUGGCGCGGUCGCGGCGCGCGCUCCGGUGCAGCGCCGGCCAGGUGUGGCGCCGCGCCGCGCGCCUCAGCUCGCUCCUCGUGCACGUCCUCUACUUCGCCGCCAUCUCCGGCGCCGGGUGGGGGCUCCUCACGGCGCUCAAGGUGCGGGCGCCGCAUAGGAGGCCCCGCGGCAUCGACAUGCUCUUCACCGCCGUGUCGGCCGCGACGGUGUCGAGCAUGUCCGCCGUCGAGAUGGAGGUGUUCUCCAACGGCCAGCUCCUGGUCCUCACCGCGCUUAUGUUCAUCGGCGGCGAGGUGUUCGUGUCGCUCGUGGGGCUCGCGUCCAAAUGGCUCGAGCUGAGGAAGCAGAUCAUCAGGAACAGAUCGCGCGUAGACAGCCACGACGACGUCGAGCUCGAGACGCCCACGGUGGCGGCCGCCGGCGCCGAGGCUGCCGACGCCUACGAAUCGUGGUCGAUAGCUACCACGGCCACCGAAGCAGAGUAUAGCACCCCGAUGGUCGACGCGAAAAUGCUGCGGCGCAAUGCGGUCCGCUCGCUGUUCUACGUCGUCCUGGCCAUCCUCCUUGUGGUGCACGUCGUGGGCGCCGUCGCCGUGGCGGCGUACAUGCGCGCGGCGCCCGGCGCGCUGCGGAUGCUGAGACGCAAGGCCCUGGACGUGUGGACCUUCGCCGUGUUCACGACGGUGUCCACGUUCUCCAGCUGCGGGUACAUGCCGACCAACGAGAACAUGAUAGUGUUCAGGCGGGACGUGCCGCUGCAGCUGCUGCUCGCGCCGCAGGCGCUGGUGGGCAACACGCUGUUCCCGCCGCUGCUGGCCGCGUGCGUGUGGGCGGCGGCCGCGGCGACGGGGCGCGAGGACCUCGCGGAGGUCGCCAGGAAGGGCAGGGAAGCGACGGGGUACUACCACCUGCUCCCGGCGCGGUGGUGCUGGAGGCUGGCCGGGACGGUGGUCGGGUUCAUCGCCGUGCAGGCGGCGCUGGUCUGCGCCAUGGAGUGGGGCGGCGCGCUGCAGGGGCUGAGCGCCGGGGAGAAGGUGUCGAACGCGCUCUUCCUCGCCGUGAACUCCCGGCACACCGGCGAGGCCACCCUCGACCUCUCCACACUCGCGCCGGCCGUCCUCGUGCUCUUCGUCCUCAUGAUGUAUCUACCUCCAUACACAACAUGGUUUCCAUUUGAUGAGAAUACAACCACAAGGGAUAAUUCCACGGGGAGCCAGGGAAUCAGGUUCCUCAAGAGCACAGUUUUGUCACAACUCUCCUACCUGACAGUCUUUGUCAUCGCCAUCUGCAUCACUGAGAGGAGAAAGCUCAAAGAAGAUCCCCUCAACUUUAAUGUGCUCAGCAUUAUCGUCGAAGUUGUCAGUGCUUAUGGAAAUGUGGGGUUUUCAAUGGGCUACAGCUGCAGCAGACAGAUCAAUCCUGACCAACUUUGUACAGAUAAAUGGACUGGUUUCGCUGGGAGGUGGAGCGACUCUGGCAAACUCAUACUAAUUAUUGUGAUGUUCUUUGGAAGGCUUAAGAAGUUCAGCAUGAACGGAGGCAAAGCCUGGAAGCUUAGUUAGAUGCAGCACCUGAUACAUUGCAUGUUCCUGCAGUUAUGGAAUCCGAUGAAGAAUCCAUAUAAGGUCACAAAACAAAGAAGAAAUGCCUUCUGUUCUCUCCUCUUUCCCCACUAUAUGUUCCUUUUCAUGCAGAAGGGAACCUUCUACUUGUCAUCCUUGCACAGAUUCUCCUGCAAGUGUUGGCAGUUUUAGAUUAGGUCAAGAAAAGUUAAUCAAGAAAAAAAAAUCAAUGUGCUAAUUAGCCUGA